AUGUCGGACGGAAGCCCAGAACGUGGACAAAAGCGCAACGAGCAUCAACUCGAAUCCAAGCAAAUCAAUGUGCAAUACAAAAGGUAUCCCCUGUUUAAUUUUUGAAGUUUUCUCAAUUAUCUACUCUAUUCUUUUCCCGUUUUUAAUAUAUCGCUUUUUUCGAAGGUACUACGUUGAUGUCAAUGAAAACGAUCGUGGUCGUUUCUUCAAAAUUGCUGAGGUACUGAAUAAUUUCAUAUUCGAAAGGGAAAUAACUUUCAAAUUUUCAGCUUGGAAGCAACUACAAAGGUCGCAUAACUCUCAUCAUCCCAGCCGCAAUUGCUAUUCGAGAUGAGCUCAACGUUAUGGUUGAACUUUUGGACAAACCACUUGAGGGCGAUGCGCCAACCGGCAAAGAAGCCGUUGUUAUUAAAUCUGAAACACUCAACAUUGAUGGACGUCGUUUCUAUAUUGAUCUCAAGGAGAACGAACGUGGCCGCUUUUUGCGCAUCGCUCAAAUGCCACGCAAUCCUCGCCAACAACGUCAACAAAUCUCGAUUCCAUGUGCUGGAGUUGUUGAGAUUCGCAAUACUCUUACCGAUUUCCUCAACAAAUACUCCGAAGGAUACACCGCUGAGCCAGAAGCCCAAAACAAGAUUACUGCUGAAAACAAGUCUUUCUUGUUCAAUGUUGGUGAGAAUGAACGUGGACAAUUCUUGCGUAUUUCGGAGGUAAUUCAUUGAUCUAGUAAACUUGAAAAAUAUGUAUGAUAUUUUCAGAUCAAGUUGAACACUGGUUACCGUAGUGCUAUAACUAUUCCACUUCCAUCUCUCAACGAUUUCCGCAAGGCUCUUGACGAUGCUGCCAAAGAAAAACCACAGGCCAGAGCCUAA